AUGGCUCUGUGCUACCCUAUCACCAUGGGCCUCAACAAGGGCCACAAGGUGAUCAAGAACAAGAACGAGCUAAGACACAGCCACCACUAUGGGCAUCUCACCAAGCACACCAAGUUCAUGCAGAACAUGAUCCGAGAGGUGCAGCACACAGCUUCGCCCCAUAGAACUGAGUGGUGAGCCCUGGAGUUGCUCAAGGUCUCCUAGGUCAAGCAUACCCUCAAGUUCAUCAAGAAAAGGGGAGGGACACACAACAGUACCAAGAGGAAGAGAGAGGUACUGAGCAAUGUCCUGGCAGCCAUGAGGAAAGCAGCAGCCAAGAAGGACUGA